AUGUUCCAUCGGGGGCCGCGGGUCGACGAGGAGUCGACGCAGCCACUGCUGCGCCAUGGCGACCCGCCCGCGUCGGUGCGGACCGUCGCCUCCGCGGGGGCGUACGCGGAGCCGAAGGAGGCUCCACCGGGCCUGACGUUGACCUUCAAGGACGUCACCUACGCGCUGGGCGCGGAGGCGGGGGCGGGGAAGGAGAUUCUGCGCGGCGUCUCCGGCUUCGUUCGCGGCGGCGAGAUGCUGGCCAUUUUGGGCCCCUCCGGCGCCGGCAAGUCCACCCUGCUCGACAUCCUCGCGCAGCGCCCGGGGAGGGGGACGGUGGGGGGAGAAGUUUUGGUCAACGGCGGCGCCGUCGGGCCCGACGCCUUCCGCCGCCUCAGCGCCUACGUGCAGCAGGAGGACCUGCUGCGGGGAUACCUGACGGUGCGGGAGAGCGUCUCUUUUGCGGCGCAGCUGCGCACCCCGCCCUCCCUCGCGGCGGCGGAGCUGCGUGCCCGCACCGGGCGCAUCAUGCGGCUGCUGGGCAUUGACGGCGUGCAGGAUGCGCGGGUUGGCUCGGCGGCGGUGCGGGGGAUCAGCGGGGGCGAGCGGAAGCGGUGCGCCAUCGCGAUGGAGUUGGUGGCGUCGCCCGCCUUGAUUUUCCUCGACGAGCCCACCACCGGCCUGGACGCCUUCACCGCGCUGCACCUGCUGACGAUCCUCAAGGACCUCGCGCUGGCGGGUGUUGCCGUCGUCUUCUCCAUCCACCAGCCGCGCAGCAGCGCGUUUCAGCUCUUUGACCAAAUCCUGCUGCUGAAUGACCGUGGCGAGGAGGCGUACUUUGGCCACGCGCGGGACGCCAUGCCGUUUCUCGCCAGCCUCGGCGUCACGCCGUCGCUGCCGGAAAACCCCGCGGACUUCCUCCUCGACGCCGUCGCGGCGCCGCCGGCGGAGGAGAUGAUGGACGGCGGCGAGUGGCUGCGGCGGCACCACGUCGCCUGCGCGUGCGGCGGCCCCAACGUCGCGGCGGCGUUUCGCGGGAGGCUGCUGGUGGGGGUGGAGCGGGAGAUCGACGCCGUCAACGACGCCCUCGCGGGCGCAGGCACGCAAGGUGCGGGGGAGGCGGUGGCGGCGGCCUCGCCGUACUUCCGCAGCGUGUGGACGCAGAUCCGCGUGGUGGCUCUGCGGGCGGUGAUCAACAAGUUGCGUGACCCCAUCGCCACCUUCGCGGCCGUCGUGGCCGCCGUCUUCUUCGCGCUGGUGAUCGGCUCCGUCUACUUUCGUCUGGGGCUUGACCAGCCGUCGGUGCGCAACCGCAUGGGGGUGCUCUUCUUUGUUGCGAUGAACACCACCUUCUCCAGCCUGGGCGGCCUCAGUCUGCUCAUGGCGGAGCGGGCCAUUUUUAUCCGGGAGCACCGCAACGGCAUGUACCGCGCCGUGGCGUACUUCAUUGGGAAGAUUCUGCAGGACGUGCCCAUCAGUGUGGUGGCGAAUUUCAUGUUCGACACGAUUGUGUACUUCAUGGUUGGGCUUCAGCCCCGCGCCGACAAGUUCUUCCUGUUCUACCUUGUCUGCACCCUCAUUAUGCUCAACAGCUACGCCCUCUGCCUGCUCGUGUCGAACCUCUCACGGGACAUGCAGGUGGCGAACGUCGUGGCACCGCUCGUGUUUGUGCUCUACCUCCUCCCCUCCGGCGGCGUGCUGAUGAGCGUCGACAGUCUCCCGCUCGUCUGGCGCUGGAUCAAGUACGUAUCGUUUGUCCGCUACGGCCUCGAGGCGCUGGUGAUUAACGAGUUUGACGGCCUGACCUUCACGUGCGCCGCGAAUGAGACGUACUGCGUGCGGGACGGAAAGACGUACGCCGAGCUGCAGGGAUUCCACGCGAGGGAUUUCUGGCGCGCCAUCGCGGCCUCCGCGGGGAGCGUGGGGGUUUACCUGCUGCUGGCCUACGCCGCCCUGGUGCUCCUGCGGGCGCGCGGCGGCGCCUAG